CCUCGACAGUUAAUGGCUUCAAGUUUCCACCUUGGGACAAGACUCCAUCUGCGGAUGAAUUCGUGUCGGAAGGCGAGGCUGCCUACACGGAUACGCGAGAUCUGAGUCUGUCUUCAUACCAACAGCAGUUCUUUCUCGGUUGGCUGCGUGCCAAAGAAGCUGUGCCGCCACCCUCGCAGUUCCCUAACGGUAGGGCUGGUAUCGGGCCCUUGAUGUCUAGCACGAGGCCUCUCGAUCUUGUACAGGAUGCAGCUUCAGAUUGCUCGGUGGUCACAAGCUUAUGCGCUGGUAUUGCUCGCUCAGAACGCGGUCACGAUCAGAUGCUCACGAACAAGAUAUAUCCAUAUGACAAGCACCUUGGAAAGCCGUUAACCUCAUCUAAUGGCAAGUACAUCGUACGACUCAACUUCAACGGCUGUUGGAGAAAGGUGGUUAUCGAUGAUCGACUACCAGUCUCAAAGACACAUCGUCUGCUUCAUGUCUUCGACCGCCGUAAUCCAGCCCUCUUAUGGCCAGCACUACUUGAGAAAGCAUACCUGAAAGUUCGCGGCGGUUACGAUUUCCCUGGAAGCAACUCGUGCAGUGAUCUCUGGACCUUGACGGGCUGGAUACCAGAACAGGUCUUCUUGCAAGAGGCCGAUACGGUUCCAGAUCAGAUAUGGAAGCGCAUACACAACGCCUUCCUGUACGGCGAUGUUCUGGUCACAGCAGGUACUGGCAAGAUGUCGACCAGGCAGGAGCGUGAACUUGGUCUCGAGGGCCAACACAGUUACGUCGUGCUGGACAUGAGGGAGACGGAGCAUGAUCGUCUGUUGCUUAUCAAGAAUCCAUGGGUCGAAGGCAAAGGCUGGCGCGGUCCUCGCCCUUCGGCUGUGACGGCCAUGGAUCCGCCUGCGUCUACCUCCAGUCGUGGUUCUAAUUACAGCCUUGAGAGUUAUCACAGGGAUAGUGUCCCCACUCAGGAUCGGCCGCAUCCGACGACAUUCUGGAUUGGAUUGGAGCAGGUCAUACAACACUUCGAGAGCCUGUAUCUGAAUUGGAACCCUGGUCUUUUCCGCUAUCGACAAGACAUUCAUUUCGAGUGGAACAUAGAGUCAUCGUCGCCAGGCGGUUGCAUUGUCAAGCAUCCACAAUUCGCCUUUACGUCCAAAGGUGCUGGACCUGUAUGGUUUCUUCUUAGUCGCCAUUUCCGGGACGUACCAGCAGUCACCAAAGAGGAGUCAGAUGCGUUCAACGACGGAAGCAUUCGUCCCGACACUCAAGUCAACACCCAAGGGGAUGCACCGAAGGGAUACAUGAGCAUAUACGUUUGCAACGGCCAGGGAGAACGCCUAUACAUGAAGGACACAUACCUGGAAUCGAGCGACUACGUUACUACACCGCAAUGUCUUCUUCGCAGUGACGCGGAUGCCAACUCGACAUACACAGUGGUGAUCGAUCAAGAUGACUUACCUCCAUCACUGUACACUUUCUCCUUGUCUGCGUUUGCGAACUUUCCGAUUACGCUGGAACAGGCGGCGCAGCGGUACCCGUUGCAGAAGACUGAGGAAGGUGCAUGGACCAGGCAGACGGCCGGUGGUGGUACAGACUCAUCGAAAUAUUUCGACAAUCCUCAGUAUUCGCUCACUGUCCGCGAGCGUAGCUCGCUGGCCAUCUUACUCACCAGCACGAACCAUGAACAUCCCCUACACGUCAAACUUGCUCUAGGAUACGGAAAGAGGUUAUAUCGCUUGCAGAGUCGCGAUGUGCUAGCAGACUCGGGUGACCAUCGCAGUGGAUGUGUCCUCGCAGAGAUCAAAGACCUUCAACCAGGCUCCUACACAAUCAUUUGCUCCUUGUUUGAAGCUGGUCUGACUGGUGACUACCAACUCGGAGUUGACAGCACAAGCGAGGUGGUGUUGAAGCAAGUGCCGCGCGACGGGGCGGGAUUGCUCUCGAUGAAGCUCGCUCCGGCGUGCUUUGGUGCCAGCAUACAUAAGGUUGCUGCCCCAUUGUGGCCUAGGCGCUUAGCUUCGUAUACCAUCAUCGCCAGAUUCUCGAAAGCAACGAGCCCUCGCGCUGUCGAUUUGGGCAAGCUAGCGCGCAGUCCGUUCCGAUUGAGUGUCGAGAUGGGUCGAGGCCCGGAGCGCAAGUUCAUCAUCGCAAGUGAGCAAGGAGAGUACUCUGACACUGCUACGGUUCGGUCCGAGAGCGUCAACAUCGAUCCGAAGCUCGGGAUGCAAGGCGAACUAUGGCUCGUUCUUGAUAGGCUGUCAGGCUCUGGGGGACCGGUAGAGGAAUGGUACGAUGUGGAAAUCUACACCGACACGCCCAAGGCCUGCGAGAUUGGCGUAUGGCGGGAAUGGGAUGAUUGA